CGUCUUCGACUUUACUCGCUUUAAUUUAUUCACAAAAAUUUUAAAUUUCUAAAUGUGUUACUUUAACACAUAUGUAAAAUGUGCCUGACUCUUGGCAAAUCCCCGUGAGUGGGUGUAUGCCAAAGACAUUAAGGUAGUCAUCAUCAUCAUCAUUCUACACCUACAUCUACAUUUACAAGCUAACCAACCAGCGACAAUGUCGGUAUCAGCUUCCACGGCUCCGAAGCAAGGUCAGGGGCCGCCAGACAACCUGCUUUACGUGUUCGUUAUCAGCCGGCAUGGCCAACGGACUCCCGUCAUGCGCUGCCAGAACCUGCACAAGAACGAACCCGUCGACUACGGCCAGCUCACCGAGAAAGGUCGUGAGCAGGCCUUCAGACUGGGCCAGUUCUUGCGGGACCGCUACAAAAUGUUUAUGGAGGCUUCGGACAAGCCCGGCCAGGUACUGGCCACCCAUGUCAAUUUGGAUCGGUGCCGUGACAGCGUGAAAGAGACCCUGCGUGGCCUGGGCGUGCCUGCGGCAGCGACCAGCGCCGACCCGACGUGUUACGACGUGCCGUUUCACGGCAGCGUGAACGACAACAUGGACAAGGUGCUUAAGGAGCCGGGUCGAGGCAACUUCGCCACGCUGGGAGACCUGGUCGCUUUCGUCGCCGAGAAGACGGGGGCGCCGUGGCAGAAUAACGUGGACAAGUUCCUCGUCAUGGACAGCCUGGUGACCCACGUGCUCAACGGCAACCCCGUGCCGGACUGGGCCAAGUCCAUGUGGGAUGACUUGCUGUGGGCGGACCGGAGGGUGUUUGUGCGGUCGCUCGUGGGCUACGAGCGGCCGUUCGCCGGUUACGUGCUGGGCCAGGUGCUGGACACCCUCACGGUCAAGUUCGAGAAGCGCGCAGAGCGGCCCGACAAGGUGCACGUCUUCUCCAUGUCAGACACGAGCGUGUUUUCGGUGCUGAAGCUCCUCGAUGCGUCGUAUGAUGGCCGACCGUGCUUUUGUGCCAGCGUCCUGAUUGAGGUGUACAAGGACGGCCCCAAGAACUGUGUGCGAGUCCUGUACCGUACCCAAGAAGAGCCUUGCCUAGUUGCCACUGACAAGACAGAAAACCCGUGUGAGCUGAGCAAGUUUCUGGGGUUUCUGCGUAGCGUUUUAAAAGCGCCUUAGCAGGAGAUUGACUUGGAAAAGGGCAGUGACAGCUGCCUUGUGCGUCCUCCUUUUUGGUCGGCACUGCGGUGUAUAGAAUUCGUACAAAAAAGUGCUCUGGCAUUUGUGAUCUGUUCAGCUGUAUCUGCGUACUGUUUUCAGCUCACUGCGUUGUCAUAUUGAAACUCAGGGGCCUGCAAAACACGUGCAGUCGUUGCCGACAUGCAUGGCAUCUAACAAGCCCCAGUGGCUUCACGUACUGCUUACUUGUCGCAGAGAGAUGCAGAUAAGCAAUUUCCAUGAUUAGCAGCACUUCCUGCAGCGGAAGUUGGUUAUUCGAUAUCUAGCUUUCUUCGGGCAGUGUUUUAUUUUGUUAUUAUUUUACAAUUCUCAUUAACUCGAUCGGCUGACUAUAUACAUACCGAUAAUAACUGAUUUCCGAGGAAAGGGGAGUCUAAAAAGAGAACGAGCUUGGUCUGCACAGUUUACUGAAAGUUGCGAAGUCACUCCACACUUCGCCGGAACUUUGUAAGUACCUAAUACAGCAUUUAUGAACGCUCCACAAAAAGUUAGUUAGGACUAGUUCAUAACUCAUGGUAACAGAUUAAGAAAUUGUUGGCAGAAGCAGGAACGCGAUCACAGGAUAAGAAAUAGCUAAAAUGGAGCGCUACACAUUAUGCAUCAGCAUCAUCUCAGUUUCUUUUAAAUAAAAGGGUACACUGUUUUUAAUGUCACACGUGGAUGGCCAAGCAACACAGACAAGGAUAUCACCGUUUUUUUUGUAUUGCUCGUUUUGCGUGUAUAAAUACAUGCUUCUUGCAUCAAUU